AUCCUGUCACAUUUCAUAACAUAAAAUUGUAUAAAGUUUUAUAAUGUCUGUUUGAUUUUAUUUUUCUAUCAUAACUUCCAAAAAGUUUUAAACAUCCACGAAUGAGACAAGCAAAAUUUUCUCGGAAAGUAUUCUAUUUAUUGAUAUAAGAAGGCGGCGUAGAUGUAAUUUUUACAGCUUGUAACGUUGGGUAACUUUAGUUUGAAUAAUUAUGGCUGUAGGGACAGUACCUGGUUUUAUGUCUCAUUCUAAAAGUGAAGUAGAUGGUAAAAUUCAAAAUUUGUCUAACAAAACUAUACCGGAAUUAUUAGAUCUGCGGGAUCGCCAGCAAAAGUUGUUAAAUAAUAAAGCAUUCAUAAGAAAAUUACCAGAUAAAGGAGCAAAAAUUCAGGCGCUAUAUGAUAAGAUUUGUGUAGAAAUAAAGGCAAAGGAAGAGGAAGAACAAACAUGUAAUCUCUUCAGUGCUAUGAAACUUAAUGGUGUUGACAAGGACAGUGUGCAAAGUAUUGAAUGGCAGGGAAAGCUAGACAAAAAUCUAAAUACUUACUUAGACUCCGAUGAUGACAGUGAACCAGAAGAUGUCCUACACAUAUUAAGUAAAAGUGUUGUAAAAGAAAAACAAGUGAAAGUGUUACAACCAGAUAAACCGUUAAUUACAGCCCAGGACUUGUUAGAUAUAGGUGAAGUACCGUAUGUAAAGAAAUUAGUUGAAAAAACAGAGAUUAAAUCCAAACCAAAACUCAAUGGAAAUUUUAAACCAUACAAGCUCCCUGGGUCAGAGGAACAAAACCCUGAAAAAGAAAUUUCUAGAACAAGAAAAAAUCAUUGGGAGUUGACGGCCGCAACACCACCACCAUUCCUUCACAGUCCUGCAAAAAUAUUGAACAUAGAAGAAUCUCUUAAAUUACAAGCAGAAUAUAACAAACAUAUAAAGGAAAUUGAAGCAAAACAUGCCGCCGAGAGACUUUUUUCCUUAAGAGGUCUAAAAAUGCCAGAGCUGCCACAAGACACAACCAAAUUUGGCAAAUACAGAAAUGUUGAUAGUGAUGAUAACAAUUCCGAUGAUUCGGAUCCCGAAGGCAGUGACAAAGAAGUGCAUGACGAUGAACCAGAAAGAGGCGGAGUGAUAUUCACUGUUAUGAAAUAGAAAUUAAAUUAAAUAAACGGAAUAUAUUAAGAAGCUAUAGUACAUAUUGAUAUUUAUAUUUGUAUAAAAGAAUAAAAUGGCUGUUUCAUAAA